AGCUAAAGCAGUAGAACUUAGAAUACAUCAAAAGUUUCUGGGCUUCUUUGUCACUUUUAAAAAGCAGUGAACCAGUCUACUCUCUCAUAUAAAUGGUGCAUCUAAGGCAAGGAUCGUGUUUCUCUGGUAGACUGCAUAAAAGGCGUUUUGUCUUCAUCAAGUUCUUUAUAUCUAAAAACUUCAAAUUAAGUUUUUUAACCUGAUCGUCAUUUUGUUAUUAAUCAGGUUUGUUUUGAAAUUUGGAUAACUAGCAAACAUGGAUUAUGUUUCUAGCGGUACCCUAUCUUUUAACCCAUCAUGCUUUCUGCUUUCAUUCAUACUAUAAAACCCCAAUUGUUAUCAACUAAUACAUAGCCAACAACCUAAGUGGAAUCUCUUCUCCAAGUGGGAGCAAGAGGGUUGCCUCCCAUUGUGCAACCCAAAAAAGAAAAAUAAAACAAAUACUUAUACAUAACUAUCUAAUAAGUUGCAUUUAUUAUUUAAGUUAAUUUUCAGAUCCUGUUUGAUUCAGUAGGUUACAAAAAGUGCCCAUAGCUACAUCUCUAGCUUGUCACAUUUUGUAUAGUUUGGUUAACAUGCAUGCUCCAUGAGCUGUGAAGCAUGCAUGUUCACCUCUUUGUUCAGAUUGAACUGGUGAGCUGAAGAUAAGAAGCAUGCUUUGGAAAUUCACAUUCUGCUGCUACAUCUAUUUGUAUCCCUUUUGAAUUCAAUAUAUUACUGGAGUUUAAAAGCACAGCAGAUUUGGGCCUUGGAAUUGAUGUGUUCUGUAGAUGAGUGUAACAUGUUUGCUAUAAUAUUCAUACCCUAGCAGCCAUGGUGCAGCGAUUCUUGGAAAAUAUUCUACCUGGGUUGAUGCUAUUUGGUUGGUAAGAUAAAUGACUUGCCUUUUAUGCUUCAAACCAAUUGCAAGAUUACAUAUUGUAUUAUUCAGGGUUGUAGUUUUGUGGCGCUGUUUGUUGAGUUGGUCAAGAUUACCUGUUAUAUAAGCAUUAUUUCAGCAAUUGGUUUGUUCAUUUUACUUUCUACAUCCAGUAAACAAUGGUUGCUUUGCCUUUCUUUAUCGUUCUCUCAACCCCUUAUUAUAUAAUUCUCUUUCUAUGAGUGCGUUGAAGUGAUACUUGUAUUUGCAGGCUGCGAAGCUCAUUAUGGCUUCAGUUUAAGCCCCACCAUAUUGCUGCUGGUGCUGCUUACCUUGCAGCCAAAUUUUUAAAUUUUGAUCUUGCUUCGUACCGUAACAUUUGGCAGGAGUUUGAAACGACACCAGCCAUUCUUCAAGAUGUUGCUCAGCAGUUGAUGGAGCUUUUCUGAUACAAGAGACUGAAAAUAGAUGUUGGUUGAUAAUAUGUUGACUUGUCGAGGUCUGUCGGUAAAUAUUCAGUGGUUUAGUUUUUAUCGGUAUACAUGUAUUUUAGAAUGUCGACAGUGGAAGAUGUAAUUGUUUUAGGACGAGAGUCAUAAAGCUAUUCUAGGGAGUAGGGAUAAUCUUGAAUUUCCGAGUUGAUUGAGAACUUGCUCUGAAGCUGGAAUAACAAAUUCUUUGCAUACUUGAAUUUCCUUUU